AUGGCCGAACCUUUAGAUUCUGUGACGGAUCUACCACCCGUUCGUCGCUACAUCACCCAGCACAAUGCCGAUGGCAAGAGCAUCCAUAUUGAAUCUCCAGCCCAGAGAUACUUCCCAAGUCCAGGGGCAGGAGGGUUCGCCAAAUCUUACUCCGUUCCGCUGCCGGCAAACCUCACAGACAACGCUGAUACAAAGGCGUAUCUCGAGAAAGGUGGCCCCACUAGCUGGGAUUCACCCUCUGUCGUUGCCCCUAGUGGUGUCAACCUUGUCAUCGUGGACCUUGUCCCUGGGGGUGUAACCCCAUUACACCAAACUGUUUCGAUUGAUUAUUCCGUUGUCAUUAUUGGUGAGGUCGAACACGAACUUGACAGUGGAGAGAUUGUGAAGUUGAAACCUGGAGAUCAUAUCGUUCAGCGUGGAACUAACCAUCUGUGGCGAAAUGCGUCCAAGACGGAGCCUGCUCGAUUCAUCGCCUCCACUAUUCCGAUUGAACCUUUGAAGGUCAAUGGCGAGCUUCUGGAGGAGAAAUGGACUGUUCCUUCUUAG